AUGAAUACAUUUACAAUAAUACUGUUAUACGAAUAUAAAACAUUGAUUUUAUCAAUCAUGGCUAAGGGUCAUAAACAUUUAAAACGCUUAAAAUCUGAAAAAGCUAAAGUGAAAUUGAAAACAAAGAAAGCAAAACAUUUACCAAAAGGAUUAAAUAUUACAGAACCAACAUUUAAAGUUAAAAAAAUUGUAAUACGAGAACAAUUGAAACAGCAUGAUGAGACGGAAAUACUUAGCAAAAGAAAACUUAAUGUUAAGGACUUAUUAUCGCGUUUGCAGCAUCAUAACUCUACAGUUCGGCAAGAUGCUGUAAAAGAACUAAAAGAAAUUUUGUCAGAACACUCUUUAAAAUUAUUAAGUUCACAAUAUGGACCUCUUUUGCAAGGCAUUUGUGCAUUGUCUCUUGAUAGAGAAAGAGAUAUAAGACAUAACUCUUUGAAAGUUUUGAGUUUAAUUCUUGGUCCAGUUUCUAAUGAUGAACUUAAUCCAUACUGUGAUGUACUUAUUUCCUAUUUGAAAUGUUCUAUGACACAUAUAGAUCCUUAUAUUAAAGAAGAUGCUUUACUUUUCUUGGAUGUACUUGUGCAAAAUUGUAGUAAUAUAUUGGCAAAGAACAGUUAUAAAGUGCUGCCAAAUUUUUUAGACAUGAUUUCUAGAUUACAUACAGAAAUGAAGCCAGGAAGGCAAUUAGUAACAACCAUAAAUUCCAAGAAUACUAAUGUUAAAUGGAGGAUUAAAGUAUUAGGAAGACUUGCUGAUAUGUUUAGUUCUAUUGUUACAUAUUUUAAAUCUCAACAGACUAUUAAUUUAGAACAAUGUGCUAAAGUUAUAAAUGUAAAUAAAAAUAUUAUACAUAUUCCUAUUUACAUGAAUACAAACCUUCAGAAUUGUGAAAUUAAUUUUGAAAAAACUGAUAAUUUUGUAAAAGAUGAUAGAGAUAAUACUUUAGAUGCAGAUAAACUUAUGAAAUAUGUAGAAUUAUUAAUGCCACUUAUAUUUGACAGCUGGAUUGAAGUAUGUCCAGAUGAAAAAAAUGUAGAAAACUCUGCACUUUUGAUUUCUACAGAAGCAUUAGAAUUAUUAAAAAGUAUUGUAGAAGUAAUACAAUUAAUAAUUGAAUGCAUAGAUAUAUUACACACAGAAUGUGAUGUCAAUAUGAAAUUUUGGUUUAAAAGUAACUUUCAAAAUCUUUAUGUAAAAAAUUUACUUUCAAAAUUUCCAUACAAUAAAUUAGGUGCAGCUGGAAAUCUUCUUUCUUCAAUAAGAAACAGAAAACGUCAACAAGAUUUUGCUAUAGAUGAGUCAUAUGAUAUUUGUUUAGGGUAUAACUUGAGAAUUUGUCAAAUUUAUGUAUGGUUUACAUCAAUACAGGAUAAUGAUAAAGUUAUGUCUAAAAUAUACAAAAAUUAUUGUAUAUCCAUAAUGAAGUAUUUAAAUGAAAAACUUGAAAACUGGUGUGACAUAAAUAAUAUUGUAUUACCACAAUUGAUUAAACUUCUGAAUACAUUAUUUCUAAAAGCAAGUAAAAUUUGGUAUAAAAAUCAUCUUGACUUGAGUGAAACUUUACAGUUAAUUGUAAAUACAUGUUAUAAUCAGUCAAAAAAAGAAAUGCAGUUACAAUUAUUUCCUCUAAUUAGUGAUAUGAUGUUAGAUCAUACUCUAUAUGAAUUGCAUAGGGAAAGUGCAUUUAAAGAAUUUAUAUCAACUUUACCAAAGCUGUUGUUAAAGCCAAAAAUACAUGAAAAUACAAUACAAAUAAUAAAUAAGAUUGUGCUUCGUUAUAGAGAUUGGAUUCAGAAAGAACUUGAGAUAAAUCACAAAAGCAUUAUAGAGCAUGCUAAAAAAAUUGAAAUUGUCGGAUCCAAAGACGAUAAACAAUCUCGUCUUAUGAUAUGUAAUUUAUUUUAUUUCUUGGAUGCCCAAAUAUUUUAUUAAGCAA